AUGUCGCCUCCCAAGAAGAAGCAGCGCACUCGGCAGACUCGACACCCUCUGCCGUAUUGGCGCGAUCUCCCGGCUGACUUAGGUAGCCCUAGACAGAGAUACAUCGCUCGCCACGGUCUCAGGGCGUUCCGAGCUCUUUCCUCGACUCCGGCCUCAACUUCCACCAGGGUCUCUACUCCGGCUACUACUAGUUUGUCAUCACCUCCUCUACUAGCUCCUACUCCGGCUACUACUGGUUUGUCAUCACCUCCUUUGCUGGCUCCUACCCCCGUGGGACUCUCCCAGUACAUUGAUCCGGCUCUUCUCUCGGUUUCGGCUGAGCGUAAUUCUGGAAGCGUUCAGCAGCAGAAUUAUCUUUCGCGACUUUCUGACUCCUCCGGCACAAUGGGAGCUACUCGCCAGCAGCAGGCCACUGUCACUCCGACCCCGGCACCGGGUUCUACUUCUGUAACUGUUCCUGCUUCUACCCCUGCUCCUACUUCUGCUCCUGCCUUCACCCAGCCGUCAUCGCUGGUCUGGGGUAUGUGGUCGCGCGAGCAAGACCUCCCGGACCACCCUCUCCCUGUCACGGUCUUCAGCAGUCUCGAGGACAGCAUGAGUCCCCUCUACGUGCGCAGCAACCUCGAAGCGGCACAGGAAGCCAUUGGCAUCGCAAUUGAGACCUACCGCGAGAACCUCAUGCGCGAGCUUCAGCUUCGCGGCACGCUCUUUGGUCUUCAAGUCGAGCUCCCCACGUUCAUCACUCGCCAGACCGCGCGCAGCCACAUUGAGCACCACUCUACGUACUAUUUCGACCGUGUCCAGGCCGAGAUGGCUGCUCAGCGCUUCCGUCUCGAAGUCAUGCCUACCCUGCGCGAUCCGUUCAUGGGAUACAUGGGACCGACCGACUUCGACCUCGAGCAUGCUAGAUACCGUCUUCAUACCCGUCGCCAGGCUCCUCAGAACGGCAACGGCAACGGCGCUACCGCUACCGCUCCCACCGAGCAGGAGGAGCCGGAGCAGCAAGAGCAACAGCCGGAGUAG